AAAUAAGACGGUGCUGCGGUUACCGGUCCUCUUUUCUUUCUCCAAUUCAAUAUGACCAAAAAGAGAAGGAACAACGGCCGUGCCAAGAAGGGACGUGGACAUGUCCAGCCCAUCCGCUGCACCAACUGUGCCCGAUGUGUCCCUAAGGACAAAGCCAUCAAGAAGUUUGUCAUUAGGAACAUCGUAGAGGCUGCCGCCGUUAGGGAUAUCUCCGAGGCCAGCGUAUUUGACUCCUACGUUUUGCCCAAGCUGUACGUGAAGCUCCAUUACUGUGUGAGCUGCGCUAUCCACAGCAAAGUGGUGAGGAACCGCUCCCGCGAGGCCAGGAAGGACCGCACCCCUCCGCCCCGCUUCAGGCCCAGCGGUGGGGCCCCAAGAGCUCCUCCAAAGCCCAUGUGAUGUGGACCACCUUGAAGAUCAUGUACAUGUUUGUACACAAACAGAAAUAAAAGUCAGUGAAACCUG